CUACCUCUUUUUUCACCUUCUUCCUCUUCGACUACUCCUGCUCUCUCGCCUCAGUCACUUUCAGCUCCUGGCUCUCUGGAAAACUGCUUUUCUUCCCGGUUUUCCGAUUCGAUCAGAUCGGUUCAGUCCAUCUCGAUCCGCCGGUUAAAUUGAAUUGACUAUUCAUCUGUGUUGCUGGUCAUGGCGGGUGAGAAGAAAAUCGAAAACGCUGAGCCUGUUGCUCCAGUGUUGAUUUCUGAUCCUGUUACUGGAAUGCCGGAGCAAGAAGUGGCUUCAGGGAAAGAUGGAGUGCCAUCUGAAUUGACCUCAUCCAUAUCAUCUUCAAAGGAUGUCACCUCUAGCAUCAAAGGUGAGAUUGAUCAACAGUCAGUUGGAGAGCAUGGUGUUUACAAUCCACCUUCUAGCUGUGACAAUUAUUAUUAUCCAGGAUAUAAUGGAUCGUUUACACAGUUGGAUGAUCAGGGCUAUUAUCAUGCUAAUGGUUCUAAUACAGCUAUACCAUCAGAAAAUGGUUUGUACUAUAACUAUUAUUAUAAUCCAUAUCAAUCUGGCCCAAUGAUGGGAGUUGAUGGACAAGGUAUUGGUCAACAACAAUACUUUUCAUCAUCAGGGUAUCAUCAGCCACCUGUUUCUUAUGGAUCAGAAGCUUUGUCUUGCUAUUCGUGGGAUCCGGCAUAUGGGAGAGAUGUUCCCAAUGGAACAAAGUCUGGUCUGCGUUCUACUGGUGGUGUAGCAAGGUCAAAUGGCUACAAUUCUGCAAAAUCUAAUGGCAGUAUUACAAACAAGUUUUCCAAGCCUCUUCUUAAUACACAGCCUAUCAAAUCGUUGACCAAGGUAGGUUUAGGUUCUGAUUUCUCCGCUGGCCUUUUGAAGGGAUACCCCCCUCACUCUGGAAGGUAUGCAUCAUUUGCUAAUCAGAAACAAGGUCUGUACCCGCAGCAUGCUGGUUUCACAAACUAUAAACCGUAUGGGACAAAAAUAUGGCCUGGAAAUGAUAGAUUUAAGUCAAGGGACAAAAAUAACAGGAAUGGAGAUUUUGAAGCCUCAACUGAACUAACCCGUGGUCCAAGAUCCCGCGUUAAGAGCCAAUCAGAUUCUUCACCUGAGAAGGAAGAAUUGGGUUCUGCAGUUCAGAGAGAGCAAUAUAACACACUUGAUUUCCCCACUGAUUAUGAAUAUGCUAAGUUUUAUGUUAUCAAGUCCUACAGUGAAGAUGAUGUACACAAGUCUAUUAAAUACGACGUUUGGGCUAGUACCCCAAAUGGAAACAAGAAGCUAGAUGCAGCAUUCCAUGAUGCAGAAGUGAAAUCGAGUGAGACAGGCACACGAUAUCCUAUUUUCCUUUUCUUCUCGGUAAAUGGAAGUGGGCAAUUUGUUGGUGUGGCCGAAAUGGCUGGUCAGGUAGAUUUCAACAAAGACAUGGACUUUUGGCAAGUUGACAAGUGGAACGGAUUCUUCCCAGUCAAGUGGCAUAUAGUAAAAGACAUCCCCAACACCCAAUUGCGACACAUUAUCCUUGAAAAUAAUGAUAACAAGCCUGUAACUUUCACUCGUGAUACCCAAGAGAUUGGAUUAAAGCAAGGUCUGGAAAUGUUGAAUAUAUUCAAGAGUUACACACCGAAGACUACAUUGUUAGACGAUUUUAGCUUCUAUGAAAGCCGAGAACAGGCUCUCCAAGCCAAAAGAGCCAUAAAGCCCGCAGCAACAUUGAAGGUGGAAACCAACUUCAACAACAGUGACUUCACCCAGCGUGGAAAUGCAGUAGAGAGGAACGUCGAAAUCGAAAAUUCAGAGCGUGCAGCAUCUCUCAUCAGUCUUGCCAAUCUUUCCCUUAGUGCCAAUGCAUAAGAGCAGCUGAUGUGUGCUGAGAGUUGAGAGAAGACAUCUUAUAGUUUAGUGAUAGCACAAUAGGGCUAUGUUGCUGUUUUUUUCUUUUUCUCUUUUCCAUCUCAAUUUUUGUCAUUUGUUUUUUUUUGUUCCAGUUUUCAUCUAGUAGAUUUGCAGUGUUCAUUUUUCUUCUUUUGGUCUUCUUUUUUAAAGCAUAGCGCUUAGUAGUGAGUAAGAGUAAUGAGUUGAAUUUGGAGAUUGAUUAGUGAGUUUUAGUUUCAUUCUGCCUUUUAAA